UGCCUCCCACUGGUUUGUUUUCAAACUAGUACAGGGAAUAGCAACAAUUCAUUUGCCCCUAUUUGAGGAAAGAAAUGGACUGCAUGUGAAGCUGCAAAAUGCACAUAUGGCAAACAAAGCAAGAUGAAUUUCAGCUUACUGGGAACCAGGAGCUCAGGAACAUGUCGGGGAAGCCCAGGCUUACCUACUUGAAUGGAAGGGGCCGGAUGGAGCCCAUACGGUGGCUGUUGGCAGCAGCCGGCGUAGAGUUUGAAGAGGUGUAUUUGGAAACAAAAGAGCAGUAUGACAAGUUAAUCAAAGAUGGAUUCCUGCUCUUCCAGCAAGUGCCCCUGGUCGAGAUUGAUGGGAUGAAGAUGGUGCAGACCAGAGCCAUCCUGAGCUACAUAGCAGGGAAAUACAAUCUGUAUGGGAAAGACCUGAAGGAGAGAGCCCUGAUUGACAUGUAUGUAGAGGGAAUAGCAGAUCUGAUGCAGAUGAUUUUGAUGUUUCCUUUUUCUCCACCUGAUGCAAAGGAGAAAAAUCUUGACUCAGUUAAGGAGAGGGCAACUAACAGGUACUUUCCAGUCUUUGAAAAGGUUUUGAAACAACAUGGUCAAGACUUUCUUGUGGGCAACAAAUUCAGCUGGGCAGAUGUUCAGCUAAUGGAAGCCAUUUUAGCAGUGGAGGAAAAAAUUCCUGCUGUGCUGUCAGGGUUUCCUCAGCUGCAGGCGUUUAAAACCAAAAUGAGCAAUAUGCCUACAAUUAAGAAGUUCCUGCAGCCUGGCAGCCCAAGGAAACCGCCACCAGAUGCCCAUUAUGUAGAAACUGUGUUGAAGGUUUUUAAGAAAUGAAAGCCUUGCCACCUUUGGUGAGACCCAAAAUGCUGGGAGAGCAGGGGAGAGCAGAGCAGCAACUCCAAACCCUAAACCAAAGGAGAAGGAAGCUCAGUAAAUUAGUAUUGUUUUAGUUAAAACCAGUGCUAGAAAAACAAAGCAACCCAUACCAGAAAUAAAGCAUUCUAUUACUCUGGCAA